AAUCCAUACCAAUGGCAUCCGUUAUGCUCGGACCUUUGCUGCUCGCCCUUCUACUUCAAGAUGGUGCUGCUGCUAUCAUGGCCGCACCGCGGGCUGCAAUUACCCCUGCACCAGUGCUGAAGAGGGACGUCACUACCAUUGGAUACAUCUCUACACGAGAAUAUGAUGGCACCACGUACUGGGAUACAAUCACAGCCAAUGAACAGGGCAAUGCAAUCGCGACAUCCAGCAACCUGUUCCAGAUCUGUGACCCAGCAAAGCCAUGCACGUUCUUUUCCUGCUCAGGUGACUAUGUUAUCAUGCCUUCUUCCUCAAUCUUUUGUGGAGGACCAUCUAGCACAUGCAGUUACUGGGAAUUGGCCACGAAUAUCAACGACCAAAAUCCACUGACUAACUACUGGUGUGAUGCCAAGACAAGUGUUGGAGGCAUCAUCUACAUGACAACGCCAGAAGCUGGAGCAACAACAAGCGCAGGGGUCAAAUCUACCACCACCAAGGCAGCCUCGGUAACCUUCACAUCAGCUACUAAUAUCGCAACUGACGAUGUGACAUCCAUUUCCACCUCAGGGCCAGGCUUGGGCGAAACCAACGAUGGUGGUAGCUUGACUAAGAGCAAAAAGAAAGGCUCAACACCAAUAGGACCCAUAGUUGGUGGUGUCGUCGGCGGUGUCGCAGUUCUAGUCGCCAUAAUCAUCGCCGUCUGGAUUGUCCUCAAGCGCAAGAAGAAGAACAAGACCGACAACAACAUCCCUCAAGCCGCACAAGGCCCUCCAGCUCCUCCUCCUGCAAUGCAACAAAACCCCCAGCAGCCACCCGCAGGCGUCCAAUACUACCACGAACAAAAGCCCGUUCCCCAACCACAGGUGCAGCAAGUACCUCCUCCCCAGCCAUACGGUCACUACGACCCCAAUGCCCAACCUGCCCCUGCACAGCCCUUCUACGACCCAAAUGCUCAACCGGCAUACGCGCAGCAGUCGCAAGCCGGAUACGGCGCACCUUCCCCCGACAAGACCCCGGCACCCUUGGCUACCGGCCAGCAGACUCAUUCAUAUUACGCAGAUAACGCGCCGGUUAGUCCUGUGCCGCAGUAUUCGCCUAGCCCAUCACCUGCGAUCCCAGCCAACGUGAGUGAGUUGUCGAGCGGAAGGAUGUGAAUGUAUUGAUGAAUAUGAGAUGGGGUAAAUAAAAAUGAGUUUGUGUAAUGGUUAUAUGUAUCGAGUCUUGUUUAGCGUGGGUGGAUGUGAAGGCAGUCUGUGAGCAUGGAUGCUGAUAGCAAUGAUUCUGAAUUAAUGAUACCCUUUAAUGAACUAGACAAGCGUAUGAGCAAGUAUGCAUGGAUUCAUGCUUUGAUGGGACUGUUUACAAUGUCUAGCGACUUUGUAUGUACACACAUACUUUUAUCAUUUUGCUCUAGUACAUAGCACGCGCG